CUUGAAAUCAUGUUAUAAGUAACCAAUCUUCUCUCUCACCCACGACUAAAUAAAAAAGGCAUGAGAGCGGAGUGAGCGAGCGGGUAUGCAUGUAUACACAUCCACCAACACAUUCAUACGGAUAUCGCGAUAUGGAAAUACUUUUGUACAAUUUUCGACGAUCACUUAGAAAUAAUUUAAACUUUGUGCGGUUCAGACGUAUAUUUCCUGAUAUCUCUCUUAGAAAAGAAAAAGAAAAAAAAUUAUUUAAUAUUUAAUUUUUUUUUUACUUCUCUCACUCUCCGUUUUCAUUGUGUGAAGGGCAUCAGGAUAUUUAAAAAAAAGAAUAGACUUAAGCGCUGCGCAAAAAAAAUAAAAUAAAUCUUAUAUUUAAUAUUCUAAUUUUUGUUAUACAGUAAAAUUUAUUCCAUUGUUCGAUUGAGUUAAAGACUAAAAUAUAAAAUAAGUACAAAAUACAUAAAAACGUGGGUGGAAACUCUGGAAGCAACAACAACAAGAAAUACAAAAAAUAUUUUAAAAAAAGUGUGAAUAAGAAGGAAAAAUUCUAAGAAUAAAAAUAGAAAGGAAAACGAAGUGACUUUCGUUGACUGAAAGUGCUUCUUGAGAAAUGAAUGAAAAUGUGAAAAGCUGCUUUAUCAAGGAAACAGUGAAAAGGAAAUAAGAGAUAUAAAAAAAAUGUGAUCACUGCAGUUUGAAGAUUUACGCUCGAUCAAAUCUAUAAAAAAUUUUGAAAUUAUUAAGUCAAGAAUAUUUUUUUUUUGUACAAUCAUUAAGGAUAAUUGAUGACAAUCAAAGCAUAAUUAUCAUUAUUAUUCAAAGUGAAAUAAACAACAAGCAAGAAGAAGGAACGAGAAGAAUAAAAAAAGAACAAUUUUUUCGAAAACACAGAAAAAAAAGACGGCUAUGGAUGCCGAAUAAGCAAGAAAAGAAAAGAAAAAACAUCUCAUUUUAUGUGUAUAAGAAGAAGCAACCAAGAGAUGAAGUAAGAAGAAGAAGAAGUGGCUGUUUUAGACUUCAGGAAGGGUGUAUGAUGAUGAUUUUUCUUGUGCCUUGCUAUGUGAGAUACACACAAAAAAAAAUUUAAUUUUUUUUUCUAAAGUGAGAGGAGAAACAGGCGAAAUGAAAAUUUCUGUAUUCAUUCUUCUCAUAAGGCUAAAAAUAAAAGAAAUGAAAAAAAAGAUAAAAAAAAUUGUCUUGUUAACAUUUCUUCUUCAUAUCACACUGAGCAGAUCGGAAAGUUUAUUAUUUCUUUUUCGCCAUGCUCUUGUUUGUGUUUCAUUCGGAAAAAGGAAUUUUUUGGUUGUUCGGCUUGGGAUCGUUUCGUUUAGGGUAGGGCAAUAAAUUCAUUUGUGUAUUAAUCAUCCCAAUGGGUUUUUGUCAAACUUUAAUUUUCGAUGUCAUAAACAUCAUUCACUUCCUCUUCUUGAUAAUGAAUUGCUUUGAUUGCAAAAUUUGUCAUGUUUUUAUUUAAAGUUUAAUGAGCUUCUCAAAAAUUUCAUAUUUUUUUUUCAAAAAUUUUUAUAGAUAAGAAUUUUUAAGUGCCUAUAAAAAAAUAUUUUUAAUUGAUUGAAGAGAAUCAACGGUAAACUAGCUAUAACAUUUGAUACAUCUCAAACAACUCAAAAUUCAAUCAGAUUUGAGGCUUGUGCAUAGCUAUAGGGAGUCUUGACUAUCCUCAAUUACAAUUGAUCACCAAACCGUGCAUCGAAAUGCUUCCCAUGCUUUUAACAAAAUUCUAUCCCCUCUCAAUAUUCCUUCCUACCCACACCCCUGUCAUUUAAACAUUCACCAUUCAUGCACAAAUAUUCCCUCAAGCAUAAAAACAACGAGAGUCGAGGAUCGCGGAUGUGAUUUCAAGGACAAAUGUGGGUUUCAGAAUCUCAGAGCAUUUUAAUGACUACGAAGAAAUAUAAAAGAAUUAAGGAUAUGCCGACAAUAAUGAAAGAAGAGGAGACACAGAAAAAAAAAGUAGAAUAGUUCUUAAUGACACAUGUGUGUACAUUGCAUUAACAAGACAUACCUGUUUAAAUAAUGAGCAAUGUCUUUGCUGGGGGUUGUUUGUAAGUUAUGUCUCCUACUUUAUAGUUGUGAGAGCAUAACUUCUGUCCAAAAAAACGAGUGUAGAAACCAGUUGCAGACUAGCUUUAGUGCUGGACAUCAUAUCCGAACGAUCCCCUCCCAUAUGCACAUAAACUCGUUUAAUUUAUGAUAACCAUCAUUAAGUAUAGAAAAGAAAACUAGUUAUCCUCGUCCGCAAAGUGUGUAAUAGAGAAAGAAGUCAGGACCGUUAGACAUUUGAAAUUCAAAUUAUCUGCCAUCAAUCCAUCGUCAAUUGGUUAUUAUUUCAAAUCGAGAUCAAGAAGAAGUAAAAUUAUACACGUCAUAUAUGCGCGCAUUUAUGAAGAUAAACUCGAUUUUUAAGGACAUAAAAAUCUGACUUUUUUUGUUCUUUUUUCAUUCUCUUUACUUUAUUUGUUAUGUUUUUUUUUUGUCUUCCCACUUAUGUACGUGUUGAAAUAUAUUGUAAGUUUUUUUUUCAUUCGCUGCUUGCUCAAUUCUGCAAAAGUAGUAAAGAGACAUAACAAAACAAUAUGAAACAUUGUAAGCUCAACAUUUUUUAAUUUUACCCACACUGACUUACACUGACUAUACUCACAUAAUACUAUAUUAAUUGUGAGUAGGAGCGGAGAGGAAAUUAUUGGUGUUUGUGAUUCCAUAUUCUUCUCGAUUGCUUUAGUGGUGACUGACAUAGAGAAGUUUCAUUCAGUUUAAGCUGUUGCUUCAUAGUGAUUUUUUGCAGUAAAAUUCCUUAAUAUACAUUCGAUACUAUUAGAAAUAAAAAUAAUAAGAAGACAUAUGCUUAAGAAUUUUUCACAGACAACAGAUAUAUUUAAUGAAUUUCCUAAAUUUCAAGUGCGCGACGCGUGUUUUAUGAGAAAAUUAAAAUCAAAAUAAGUUUUUUUUAUCGGAAUAACAAAUAAAAAAUAAAUAAAUACACAAAUAAUCGAGCAUAUACAUUGAAGAUCAAAUCAUUACAAGUGAAUUAUUUAUUUAACAAUGUGAUAAAAGUGUCUUAAAGGAAGUUCAUAAAAAGAAACGGAAAAUCAAAAAUAUUUUAUUGCAAUUUUUUGGCAUUGACAAAAGUUUUUGUGUAAUUUAUAAAGACAAGGAUCAAUCUUUUUAAGUAUAUUAGAUAAAAUGGCUUCGCAACGAUUUUGUCUACGAUGGAAUAAUCACCAAUCUAAUCUUCUAUCCGUAUUCGAUCAACUGCUACACGCUGAAACAUUCACAGAUGUCACACUUGCCAUCGAUGGACAGUAUCUCAAGGCUCAUAAGAUGGUUUUAUCAGCAUGUAGUCCAUAUUUCCAACAACUAUUUGUUAAUCAUCCUGAAAAACAUCCGAUUGUCAUUUUACGAGAUGUUCCAUUUGCUGAUAUGAAGAGUCUGUUAGAUUUUAUGUAUCGUGGUGAAGUAUCUGUUGAUCAAGAACGUCUAUCGGCAUUUUUACGUGUCGCUGAGAGUCUAAGGAUAAAAGGAUUAACAGAAGUUAAUGAUGAGAAACCAUCAAGUCGUGAUCAAACCGAGACACCGUUAACAUCAGCUCAACAGAAUCGAAUGCAUAAUAACAGUUAUGCGCAGCAACAGAGAAAAGUUCAUCAGCAGCAACAACAACAACAACAAAUCUCACAGCAGCAACAGCAACAAUCGCAAUCGCAGUCACAGACACCACAACCACAGCAAACAAGCAGUCCAAUUGGAACCUCCAUGCCGAAAAGAAAAAGGGGCCGUCCUAGAAAACUCAGCGGUAGUGAUGAUGUGGAUGAUUAUGAUGAUGACUAUAGAGAGAAUUUGCUACAGGGCUCACCAGAUAUAAUGGAAGCAAAAAUGAUCACGGACAACUUUUCAAAUUCAGGAAAUGACACAAAUUCAGAAGAAAAUGACAGUAGACGGCGACCGGAUGACACAGAUGAGGACUCGAGAUCACAGCAAAAGAGACAAAAUGAUGGAAGUACUCAGGAGACGAAUGCGUCAAAAAAGGACGAUUCAGCUAAUGAUGUGCAAGCUGAUUCCGAUGAUGAUGAUGACGAUGAUCAGCAAAUGAUGAUUGAGCCACAAUUGCUGUUAGAUGAGUUUGAUGAACCAAUGGAAUUUAAAUAUAAUCCAGAUACGGAUUCAAGUUCGAAUACACCGCAUGCAACAACACCUGCGCCACAAAACGGAAAUUCUGCAAGUAAUCAGGAAGCGAAUGGAACGAGCAAUAAUAAUAACAGUCUUACGCAACAACAAGUUCUCAUGCCACAUUUAUUACAAAAGAAACAGCAACUUUUAGCAAUGCAGCAGCAAUUGCCUAAGCUAACGCCAAUUAUUGGUGGACAGCCGUCGUCGUUUGUCAUAACAAAAUCAUUACCAAAACAAAAUAAGCGUGCAAAGCUAUUGAAGCAGCAAAAUGGUGAAAUGAAACCAAUAUCGGUUCAGACGAGUACUGGACACAUUCAACUACCAAAUGUUCUUAGCGGCAUCAAUAAUAAUGAAUUCAUUGAUCUAUUUUCAAAUAAUUUACUUCUUAAUUCAGCUAUGAGUCAAUCGAAUCUUAUAAAAAUUAAGCAAAUUAAGCAACUAAUGCCCACAACACCAUCCCAAAUAUCACCGAAUCCAAACGAUCCACAAAUGAAAGUGGAGCCGGUGAUUCAAGAUAAUCGAACCAAUAAAUAUGCAAUUGAUGAUUCCGAAGGAUCCGUUCGUGAUUUUUGUACCAAAGAAGCUGAUCAUGUAUAUCGUUGCAAAGUGUGUUCUCGCGUCUACACUCACAUAAGUAACUUCUGUCGUCAUUACGUGACAUCACAUAAACGGAAUGUCAAAGUGUAUCCAUGUCCUUUCUGUUUUAAAGAGUUUACACGAAAGGAUAACAUGACAGCGCAUGUCAAGAUCAUACACAAGUUGGAACAUCAACAGCAGCAGAACGAACAAAGUGAUGCAUCUCAACCACCACUAGUUGUAACGCCCACCUUAUCAACUACCAACGGUCUACUAAUUCCUAAAACGGAACCAUUGGAAAUCAAUGAUAUUAAUGUCACGGAAAUGACUCCACAGCAGCCACAAAUUAGAGUUAGUGGCUUUGCAUCGCAAAUAAAUACCAGCAAUAACUCACCGUCUGCAACGAAUAAUUUUCAAUUAAAAAAUGAUGCCAUUGAAGCGGAAGUUGGUGUCGAGAGAAAUCAAAUGCAGAACAUUGCAAGGUGGAUUAAACAUGAUAAUGGAUCUAUAAGUACAUCGCCAAUAAUAAUAGCAAAUUUCAAGUCUCUAACGUCGACGAAUGAGACGCCAGGUAGCAAUAGCAAUAGCUCAUUAUUAGCAUCACCAACAUCAGGUCAGAAGACAGUAAGGCGAAGAAUAAGGAGGAAAAAUCAAUCACCGGAUGAUCAGGCACUGACAUUAACGGAAAUGUCAGUACGUGGACUAAAUCUCUUUAGAUAUGCAAGCAUUCAAGAUGGCGUAUACCAAUGCACAGAAUGCUUAAAGGAGAAUGUUCAAAAGACAUUUAAAAAUAAAUACAGCUUCCAACGGCAUGCAUUUCUAUAUCAUGAGGGUACACAACGGAAAGUAUUUCCAUGUCCCGUUUGUCGUAAAGAAUUUUCACGGCCGGAUAAGAUGAAGAAUCACAUGAAAAUGACACACGAGUGUUAUAUGCCUAAAGAAUGUAAAUUUCCAAUUCCAUUAAUGACAUCACCUCAAAUUGGAUCAUCGACGCCUCAAAACGCAAUUGCACCAACUAUGAAUAGUAAUAAUAAUAAUAAUAACAACAAUAAUGUUGUUGUUGUUCAACCAAUGCCACAGCAUAUUGUGGCUACUUCUCAAUAAGUUAUUGAAAUUUUUGUGCUUCCAUGAAUUUUUGGGGGCUAUUCGUCAGUGACGUCUGAGUUUUAAUUUUUAAUCCCCUCACCCCAUUUACUCUACCUUGUUUUUUCGUUAUAAGCUACUCCUCGUUACUAAGCUACUAGCUUAGUAAAGUUUUUUUUGAACUUGAAAUUUUUUUGUAAUCUUUACUAAGGUACUACCAAAAAUAAAGUUUAAUUAAUCUUUUUCAACUUUCUAAGUAUCAGUUUCAAUGCCUUAUGACAUUGUCAAUGAAAUGAAAUCGAGAAGAUAGCAAAAUUUCUUUAAUUAAGUUAAAAAAUUCAAAAUUUUCAUAGAAGUUCAAUUUUUUUACUAAGCUACUAUUCGUUACUAAGCUACUAGUGAGCCAAAAAAAUCACUUUUUUAUUCAUUUAAGUUACUAGCUUAUAACGAAAAAACAGGGUAGGUAAAAUUCAAUGAAAAAUACUUGGAAAUUGUUGUCAAGUGAUCAC